UCCAGCAAUUGGGCGGUGUCGCUGGUCGCGCUGCGGGGAGGUGGAGUCUGCGCAUGCUCAGGGCCUCCCUACCCAAACCAGAGGCGCAGGCUCCGAAGUGCCCCGGGAGGUCCCUCCCUCCUCUGGGGUCUCAGUGUGUUGAUCUGCAAAUUGGACGUAUUGGGUUUCGUGAGUACUAAGCUUUCUUCUGGGCACACAACCAAUGACUUUGUUCUCCCCGAGAGAUGCUACAGGGUUUGGUGCUGGAGCGACUUAGCGGAGGCACCAGAACAGGGACGUUUCUGGAGAGUAAACCCAUGAGGACGCCAUGGAGGUCCCUCAGUGUCCCAAGCCCCUAGAGGCCCGGAGGCAGGACCCACCCUACGACCAGGAGCCGCUCUUGGGGGAACUGACCAUCGUGGAGGACGAAGGCCACCCAUGUUAUGGAUUUGAGAAGACCGCCAGCCGGCCUGUCGGCAAGCCUCGGAAAGCUCCUUCGGCAGAGAGUCAUCACCAGUGCACCAUCUGCGGGAAGAGCUUUGAGCAGCGCUCGGACCUGCUCGACCACCAGAGGAUCUACGCGGGCAAGAAGCCGUUCAAGUGCAGUGAGUGUGGGAAAGGCUUCAGUUACCCCUCGGCCCUGGCGGUGCACCAGAGGACGCACACCGGCGAGCGGCCGUUCCCCUGCGCGCAGUGCGGCAAGGCCUUCAGCCACAGCUCGGCGCUGCUCCUGCACCGGCGCGUGCACACGGGCGAGCGGCCCUACGCGUGCCGGGACUGCGGCCGCGCCUUCUCGCAGAGCUCCUCGCUCAUCCUGCACAAGCGCACGCACACCGGGGAGCGGCCCUACGACUGCCUCGCCUGCGGGAAGGCCUUCACCCGCCGCUCGGCCCUGGUAGAGCACCGGCGCGUGCACACGGGCGAGAGGCCAUACGCGUGCGUCCGCUGCGGCCGGGCCUUCAGCCAGAGCGCGCAUCUCGCGCGCCACCAGAAGGUGCACGUGACGCAGAAGCCGCAAGCCUGCGGGGACUGCGGCAGAGCCUUCCGCUCGUCCGCCGCCCUGCUGCAGCACCGGAGGAUCCACACGGGCGAACGGCCCUUCGGAUGCCCUGUGUGCAGCAGGGCCUUCACCCAGCGCGCCUACCUGGCGCAGCACCUGCGCAUGCACUCGGGCCAGAGGCCCUUCGAGUGCGACCGGUGCGGGAAGGCCUUUGGCAAGUGCGCGCACCUGGCGCGCCACCGCGGGACGCACGCAUGCGCCCGGGCACGGCCGGUGAGGGCACCCGCCCGGCAAGCGCGUAGACGCUGGCGGCACCGUGGUGAGGGACCCCUGCCUGCUGCGGCCCCACGCCUACGGGGAGUGCGGAGGGCCCUUAGAGCGGCUCAGCCCUCGCCCAGCUUCUAGGGCUGCACACCCCCUAACCUGUGUCCCAAACUGGCGGAAACCUGCCAACCCGCGUCCCAGGUGCGGGCCAGGCGUUGGCACGGCUUAGCUCAUUACCUCGGAGACACAGGGGGCGGAAUUUGGGGCAGAGAAUCAACAGCAGAGCCUUCUUGAGAGCCCUCAAUGUGCCAUUUGAAAAAUAUAUUGGAAAGCCUUAUUUUGUCGUCUGGGAGUUUCUACGCCUCUUAGUUUGGAGUUGAACCUUGGAGUGUAGGGGUGAUUGGUCAUCUGGCCCCUUGGCUGCCCCUCCCCGUGCGGUCUGCUGCUAUGAGUGGGAGGGUCAAGGAGGUGAGGGUGCUGAUUCAGAACCCUCCUCUGUGGAGGCCGGGAGACCAGGGCCUGGGGUCCUUUUCCGCUUCUCCAUAAACGUGGGUGAGGAGCUUUCUAUUUCUAGUCUGCGCAAAGGGCCGAGUGUGCCAGACCCUGUCCUGAGUGCUUCACAGAAUGUGUUGACUCCUUGCACCACCCCGGAGCUGGUACUGUUGUCACCUCCCUGUUACAGGUGGGAAAACCCAGGCUCUGGAGGGGAGGCCUCUGGUGCAAAGCCAUGGAACUAGGCACCACCCUGGCCGCUGGGCCCAAGGGGCUGUUCUCUUAAACACCAGGCAAUUAGUAAUCAAGAUGAUGCUUGAGCGUUUGUCAGACCCCCGGUGGACAUGCUCUCAUUUCAUUCUUCUGGCAACCCCGUGGGGCUUGGUCUCAUCCCUUGCUCUCAGAUGAAUAAUCACCAGUAAAAUGGCUCAGCCAAGGCUGCUGGCCCCCCAGGGUUCUUCCCCCUGCUGGGCCCAAGGGUCAGUGGCAAAUUGAAGUCGCAGCCACAGUUCCCCUAAGAGAGUGUAUGGGGAAUUGAUGGGGGGUGGUCCCUGCCUCCUCCAGGAGGCGCAGUGUCUGCCCAGCCCAGUGGAGGUGUGUUAGGUGUCAGUGGCUGUUAUUCCACUUUCCUGAGAAAGAAUCAGGAGAAUGCGUACUCUUCGUGUUCUAAGACUUCAUGAUCGGUCAUCUGUGAUCAUGAUCGGUAACUAUGUUUUGGCCUUGCAGGCUGCUGGAUAGUAAGAAGUGGUUGGCCUGUGUUCCCUGGUCCCUGGGAGGGAACCUCACACCUUUGGAAUUUGUUAUUCCAUGGUGGGCCCCUUGGACCCUGCGUGAGCUUAAGAUAAUGAGGUGACUCAUGGUGGUGGGCCCCUGGAUAGCUUCAGGAUGGGGGCUGGUCAUGCCGGAAAGACCACCCCUGUGAUUGGUGGUUUGGGCUUUGUGAUGAGGAGUGGGGGCUGGAGAUUGAGUUAAAUGAGGCGGCCAGUCAUCCACUCAUCAUGCCUACUUGAUGAAACCCCAGUAAAAACCCCAUACCCCCGAGGCUUGGGUGAGCCCCCUGGUUGCUGAUACACAUCAACCGGCCACAUCCUGAGGACAUGGGGAGUUUUGCAUCUGGGAUCUCGCAAACCUCCCUGCAGCUGGCCCUGGUUUGUAUCCUUUAUAAUAAAACUAUAGCCAUAAGUACAGAGCUUUCCUGAGUUCUGUGUCGUUCUAACGAGUUAUCGAACCUGAGGUGGGUAGGAAACCUUCGAAUGUGUAGCUGGUCUGUGCAGAAGUGAAGGUGGCCCAAGAGCCCUGGAGCUUGUGGCUGAUGUCUAAAGUGGGGGCGAUCUUGUACCCUCAACCUACGAAGUCUGGCCCAACGUAAUUGAAUUCCCUCUAAUACUAUUAUGAUUUUACUUCCUUUCUUUUUUUCACAUUAGGUUUGGUCUGGAAUUAGUGGUCAAACUGCGGCCCUCCAGCUGCGGGUGCUGUGGGGAAGGUGUUGACUGAGCUGGCUGGCUGCUCCCCCCAACCCCUUUCCUAUCCUGGGUGCGGACCUACACACUGCUGGUCAAGCCCACAUAUAAAGUAGAGGAAGAUGGGCACGGAUGUUAGCUCAGGGCCAGUCUUCCUAAAAAGAAAAAACGAAAACAAAACAAAAAACCAAGUGGGACUGAUACCAGCUCAACACGAGAUUGACAUAAGGGAAACCGUACCGUAGAAAAGAAACCAUAUUGUAACUUUGAAUGACUUCUGAUUAACUAGCCCAGACAUGCUCUGUAGCUUGUGUGGCCCCUCCCAGCUGCUUUAUGGUGAUAUCUGUAGUCUUUUGAGUUCUCUAGGAAUGUGAUGACCCCCAGGCAGAGAGCCUAUGCUCACAGCCAUCAUCAAUGACAACUGAAAGAUCAGGGCAUAGGGCAUUACUCCGUUCCAUGAUGCAUAUCCAGUAAAACAAAGGACUAUCAGGAACUAGGACCAGAUGUCUACCCAACCCAGAGACCAGCCGUCUCCCCCUCCUGGACACCAGCCCUGUAUAUAACUGGCCUGUAGUCUUUGUUCUGGGAGAUGGUUGUUUCAGACAUGAGUCUGCCAUCUUCCCUCUUGCUAGCAAGCUGUAAUAAAAACCCUUUCUCUCCUCCCACCUUGCCUCCUGA